UAAUCGCAGAGCUGCACUUGCGGCAUUUGGAGUAGUAGCUAAAGAUAAUACCAAUAUGGAUGACCGCACCAUCGACUCCAUAUUCCUGGGCUCCCUGGAGUCCCUGCCGCCGGUUAGCUCGAAAAUCGUGCGCAUCUUCACCAGCUCCACGUUUACGGACACCACCAUGGAGCGGAACACAUUGAUGGCCAAGUGCUAUCCGCGGAUCAAGGACUACUGUCGCGAGAAGCACGGCCUUGAGUUUCAAGUGGUCGACAUGCGCUGGGGUGUGCGAGAUGAGGCCACCGACGAUCACAUGACCACGGAACUUUGCAUGCGCGAAAUCAAGAAUUGUCAGCGACUAUCGAUGGGUCCCAACUUUAUCGUGUUUUUGGGUCAGAAAUAUGGUUACCGGCCCAUUCCUACGUACAUUGUGUCCUCUGAGUUGGCACUAAUUUGCGAGGAGCUAACAUCGAUGGGUGUGGACAGGGCCAUCCUCGAUUUGUGGUACAAAAAGGACAGCAAUGCUGUGCCUCCUAUCUCAGUGUUGCAGCCCAUCUCUUCUAUUUUAAUUAAUUUCAAUAACAAGCGUGUGCCCAAACUGCAGGCAGAGGAUCAGGCGGUGUGGUGGGAUACCCUCAACAAGAUGCAGAAGCUGCUGCGCAAGGCGGCUGCCUCCCUGGGAGCCAGCAACAAGAUGUCCAAGGAGGAUGUCCACAACUACUUCAUGUCGGUGACGGAACGAGAGGUGAUCAACGGAAUAUUGAACGUGAAAAAUACAAAAAACCAUUGCCUGUCCUAUGUGAGGUACAUCAACAACAUAAACCUGCAGAACCUGAAGAAGGCAUCGCUGUUCGUGGACAUCAUCAAUCGCAGCCUGGACACGGAGUCUGCAAAGUUGCUAAGUGACCUGAGAGACACUCGGUUGCCGGCCAAGAUCGAGGCCGUCAACGCACAGAAAUACACAGUGGAGUGGAUUGGACGGGAGGGCCUGGACAUUGAGACGCACGAGGAGUACCUGAAUCAUUUCAUCUCUCACUUCUAUAAGAAUGUGGUGAAGCUGGUGGAUAGGGCGAUGCGCAAAGAAGACUCCAGUGCACAGGGGCAGAUAGUAACUGAGAUCCUUCAGCAUCUGCACGCUUGCAACAAUUCGGUCAAAAUAUUCUACGGGCGCGAGGAAAGUUGCGAACGUAUCAAGCGCUACAUGCUGGGGGAUUCAGAUAAGCCACUUGUCCUUUUCGGCGACGGAGGCUGCGGCAAGACCUCACUGCUCUCCAAGAGCGUUUCCCUCGUGGCCACCGAAUGGUUCGCCCACGCACGACCGAUCAAUGUCAUCCGUUUCUUGGGCACCACGCCGGACUCCAGUGCCUUGACGGCCACCCUGAUUUCCAUCUGUCAGCAGAUCUCUUACAACUACAUGCUACCCUUCGAGAACAUCCCCGAUGAUCUUGUUCCCUUAACAGCACAUUUUAAGCAAUUACUAACUUACGCCAGCCCCGCGCAACCGCUCACCAUCUACCUCGAUUCUGUUGACCAGCUAACGGGCACUCAAGACUCGAAUAAGGUAUCCUGGAUACCAACGCGUCUGCCCCCGCACUGUAAGAUUAUCAUCUCCUGCGCAAAUGAGCCGGCGAAUCCGACAGUGUCCCACGAGUAUCAUGUCCUGUGCAAAAUGAUCGACGUGGAGGAGAACUUUAUUGAGGUGACUGCCCUGGGCGAGGAUUUGGCAAUGAAUGUGAUCAAGAUGUGGAUGAAGACGGCAUGCCGGGAUCUCAACAACUACCAGUGGCGCCUGGUGGCCAAUGCUAUCAGCAAGUGCUCCCUGCCGAUUUUCGUAAAGCUUGUCUUUGCCGAGAUUUGUCGAUGGAGGAGUUACACGCGUCCCCAGGAGACACACUUGGCCAACACGGUGAUGGACUCCAUUAUGCUGCUGUUCGAACGAGUGGAGAAACAGCACGGCCGUAUACUCGUCUUUCACGCCCUGGCCUACAUAACCGCUUCCAAGUCAGGACUAUCCGAAAGCGAGCUGGAGGAUCUUAUCUCAUUGGACGAUAAAGUCCUGGACGAUGUCUACCAAUACCAUCUGCCGCCGACGCGGCGCAUUCCGCCACUUCUCUGGACCCGUAUUCGCAACGAUCUGCCCAACUAUUUGAGUGAACGCGAGGCGGACGGUGUCAACGUAAUGAACUGGUAUCAUAGACAGUUCCGGGACACAGCGAAGGAGCGCUAUUUUAAGAACAUGAACAUGGCCAUUUACUUUCACUCCAUGAUUGCAGAUUACUACUUGGGCAUUUGGGGUGGCGGUAUACCAAAACCUUUCAAGUUUACUGAGAUUCAGCGGCAUAGGUUCGGUUUGGCAGACAAGGAGGGUUCUGCGGAUCGUAAGGUGCCCAUACAGCCGUUGGUCUUUAGCAGCAAGGAUGGACUCUCCAAACGUUACAACCUGCGCAAGUUUGGUGAGCUGCCCUUUCACUUUGUCCGGUCUCGUCGCUUUAAGGAUCUGUUUGAGCAUGUCCUCUUCAAUUAUGACUGGCUGCACGCCAAGCUCUCCAGCUGUCCGCUACAGGCUGUGCUGGCAGAUUUCGAGGAUGCCUCUAGCAACACCGACGACAAGGAGGCGAAACGAGAGCUGAUGCUGGUGUCGGAUGCCCUGCGUCUUGGUGGCGCCAUCCUGGCCAUCUACCCGAACAUGCUGGCUCCGCAGCUGGUCGGACGACUUCUUCCCGAGAUUGGUGGAAAUCCCAACAUAAAAAUGCUGUUACGGGCCUGCGAUCGCAGUGGCCCCAAGGACUGUGCCCUCAUUCCGGUUAAUCAUUGUCUGCACACGCCAGGAGGACCACUAAAAUAUUCCCUUGAGGGACACCAGUUCGCGGUAUUUGCCUUUUGCCUGACCAGCGACAUGCGCUACAUGGUCUCCAUCUCCACACACUUCAUAACCUUCGACUUGUCAACCUCUGAUCUAACGCGAGACGUGAAUCCCGGUAUCGAAGGCAUUAUGCAGCAACUGGUCCUGAGUCCGGAUAACAAGUGGGCUGCCGCCUACUCGAACAACAACCAGACGGUUCUUCUCAACAUGCUGUCCAGUGAGUUUGUGGUAAUCAACAGUCCUUUUGAGGAAUCCCACGGACCAGUCAGUGGUCUCUAUCUGCUUAAUCAAAAUUUGUUUAUCACAUGUAAGCUCCGAUGGGCUCAGUUUGAUAUGCGCGGAAAUCUGGUGGAUACCUUUGAAGUUCCUGGAGAAAAUGACGAUUGGGAGAUUUUGACUAUGGAGUUCUUCACAUCGGUGGAUUACAAUGUGGUUUUCUGGUCAGGAUCCAUUAACGACAUGCGCCUGAGGCUGGACUCCUGUCGAGGUGAUCACUACUCCAAUUCUCAGCGGCUUUUUAGCGCUAUGGUCAUGAACAAGGAAAGGACCCGGGCUUAUGGUUGUGCUAAUGAGGAGAAUUUCGAGGUCUCAGUGUUUGACUUUAUCGAAGAUGAGACUACCGGUGAGAUCUGCUGGAGCUUGGUUAAGAGCCUGCCGCGCUUUGAGAACGAUGACAAGGAGAUGCUGCUUCAGUUGCGCCUCGAUCAACAUGAUCGAAUGCUCCUGGGAACUGCAGGAAAGGGAUUUGUCAUCUGGGACUUUGGCAGCAAAGAGAAGGAUGCAGCAGAGGAGUCUCGUUUAAGAGAGGGCGCGCUCUAUCUGGCACUGCCUCAUGGGGUACGCAACAUUACGACUCGCAUCAUGCAGUCAAACUCGAUCAUGGUUAGCUCAAAACUAGACUACGCUGUUGCCGGAGUGCGUAAGAACCUGUACGUGUGGUGUCUUCAGUCCGGCCAGCUUGCCAAGGUGCUGGACGCCCACUUUGGCAGAAUUAUCCAGCUGGAACCUCUGACUAUUGGCAACUGGAAUAACCUGGUCACCUCCUCCAUUGAUCGUUCUGUAAAGGUGUGGAACAUUAACAACAUCUUUGAGAAGGUCCAUGUCAUUGACCGUCACGAAUUGCAAAUUGACGAUAUCAGUCUUUCCGAAGUGGAUAUGGCAGUAACCGUAACCCGCAGCUGUGUUGGAGUAUGGGAGACACGUUCCGGACGCCUUCUUGCCAAGCUGGCCGACAGUCCUUUGGGCGCCAUUGUCACACAUGCCGAGAUCACUCCGGAUGGUCGCUACAUUAUAUCCUCAGAGACAGGAAAGUUUUUAGUUUGGAAUCGAGUGUCUGAGCAGGUUGUUUUUAGGGAUGACCAACCUGGCAUCCAGCAGAUUACCCUCAUGGACUACGGGUACAAAGUUCUAACCGUCUCUGUGCCGAACAUCAAUCAGCGAGACAUUCUUGCAGCUGCUGCAGGUGGGUCGGAUGAAGCCAACCGGCUCACGGCCAUAACGACCAUGCGUUCAGUACCAGAGGGUGCUAUCCUGUUCCGGUUUGACUUCCCCAUAAGAAUGAUCACAGGUAUGCCCUUCCGGCAAUCUGUUAUAACGGCUGACAAUGCCUACAUCGUGGUGGUUACGGUGGACAAGUCCAACAAAGAUUGCCUGGGCGUAUACAGCGCCACCAAUGGAGCUUUUGUUUCGAAGAUUCUGCUGAAGGGCUGCUCUAUCAAAGAGGUAAUAUCGCUGGUGCCGAUGCCGCACAAGGCCAACCAAGUUGCUGUGAUAAGUAGUGAGAAGGGCAGCGUCAUGGACAUAAAGACAAAGAAGCAUGUCCGUUCCAUCGCCAAGUGGGGCGGCAGUAUCACACGGGAUGGUAAAUGCGGGUUAUAUGCCCCUACCCGCGGAGGACUGGAAAUGUUGGAACUGCGAAAGGGCACCACGGUUAAGACCUUCAUACCCAAGGUGGCCGAGGGCGUCUUCUCAGUGAUCUGCAUUUUCACCGAAAACGAUGAGUACGUGGCCUACUACCACAGCGGUCGGAAGACCAUACGCGUAUUCCGUACAGUGGACACCGAGAUGAUAGCCAACUACCGCCUGCAGGCGGAGCUUACGGCGAUUAAGAGUAGCAAGGAUGGACGCGCUAUCGUACUGGGAACAGUGGACGGUUGUAUGUCUGUGCUGGCCAUAGUUGAUCCAAAGAAGGAGGAAAUGAACGAUUAUCUCAAUGACUUGCCCUCCCGCGACGAAAAUUGGAAGGCCAAGCUAGCCAAGAUGAAGGCCCGGGUUGGCUUCAAGGCUGCGAUUCGUGUGGCCACCAUCUCGUCGCGUUACGCAAAGACCAGUAAGGGCGGGGAGGACGGCGAGGAAGAACUGCUCACAGAAAUCACAGAGGACGUUGUGGUGCCAGUGGCCGACUAGAUCGGUUAGUUGAUUUAUAAAUAUAACAUUUAUUUUCGCAUAUAGUUCAUGAGGAUGUUACAAAAAUACGCUGCGUGUCUACUGUGUGUGUUAUCCUGCGUGUACUGCGUGCUUGUGGCAUCGAAAUCAAUAUGUGUAUGUGUGUGUGUGCGGAUAAAACUGAGUAGGUCUUAAAUUAAACAAUGGUUAGGGGUAACUGCUAUUUGGUAAAAACUACUGUUAGCUAAUACGAGUAUAAAUUAGAGUUUUUAGCGCGCACUGAGCCCAACGCUUGGCUUGAAACAAUUUGAGGCGUGUUGAGUGUUGAAAACAUAACCAGACAUAAUAAUAACAAGAACCGAUCCUAGUGGGCGCGUUAUGUGAAACAAUGACCUUUGAAGUGUACACAAACCUUUAACAUGCUACUGCUUUCACUGAUAAUUUAAACAAAAUAGCGUAGGCAUAAAUUAACAAGCUGUCUAAUGGAACCUGGUCUCAGUCACAGUCGCCACUUUAAUCUCAACUUAGCCAAUCGAAUCUAAUUGAAUCGCAUACGAAACACAACUCAGUGCUAAUACAUAGACCGAUCAAUUGUUAUUAGACAAAGUACAAUACAUAGUUGGAGGAGACAUAGUAAUAGUGUGAACUGUUAAUUAUUGUUACUGUUGUUAACCUUCUUCCGACACUCACUGCUGCUCCUGUUACUACACAUUAUUAUCGUGAAUAUAUAUAUGUGCCGAUUCGUAAGCAUACAACUAUGUUAAAUAAUAAAUGAUUCAUGUAGUUUACGAGGACUGGCUCGUUCAGUGUG